UGGGGGAGCGAUCUUCUGCCCCCAGAGGCCAGGGCAGAGGCUGGUUCUUGCCCCAUAAGCCUCAGCCACCUCGGCAGCCCUGUGGGAUGGGAGAAGCAGUGAGGUCAUGGCACAGCUGGACGGGGAGGGGAGGGCAUUGUGUGGUGAGAACUGACUGGGUCUGUGCCCUGUCCUGCUUGGGCCACUGGCUCCAUUGUCUGGAGUCCCCUGGUCCAGGUGACACAGCUGAGCCAACCCGCCCUUCUAGGCAAGAUUUUGCCAGCUCCCCUCUAACAAAGGAGAGGGACGUGGGGACUGAGUCCCUUAGCUGGAAGGCUCCGCUGACCGGGCCCAGAACGCACGAGAGCGGGGAAAUGGGGGAGGGAAUCCAGGUACAGCUGGAAUCAAGGAACGGAAGCAGAUAGACUUCUUUCUGCCCGUAGGGGCCUUACUUCUGACCCGCCGGAAAUGGGGUGUUUCUGGGUCCUGAGGCAAACCCGGGUCUGUGACCAACUCGAGAUCCAGGUGUCUUACCUCCCGGCAUCCUUUCCCUGGGUCCCAGCUGGGUCCCAGCCUUCCCCAGGAGCCGAGUGCUUCGCCCGGGAGGUGCUGGUCCCACAGGGGCCCCUGUACCGCGUGGCUGGCACGGCCGUCUCCAUCCCCUGCAACGUCAGUGGCUACGAGGGCCCUGCCCAGCAGGACUUCGAGUGGUUCCUCUACAGGCCUGAGGCCCCAGAGGCCGCGCUGGGCAUCGUCAGCACCAGGGAUGCCCGUUUCUCCUACGCUGUCUUCGGGCCCCGCGUGGCGGCCGGUGAGGUGCAGGUGCAGCGUCUCCAGGGGGACGCCGUGGUGCUCAGGAUCGCCCGCCUACAGGCCCAGGAUGCUGGCAUUUACGAGUGCUACACCCCGUCCACGGACACCCGCUACCUGGGCAGCUACAGCGGCAAGGUGGAGCUGAGAGUUCUUCCAGACGCGCUGCAGGUGUCUGCCACCCCCCCGGGGCCCCGAGGCCGCCAGGCCCCCACUUCACCGCCUCGCCUGACGGUGCACGAGGGGCAGGAGCUGGCGCUGGGCUGCCUGGCGCGGACGAGCACGCAGAAGCACACGCACCUGGCCGUGUCCUUCGGGAGAGCGGUGCCCGAGGCGCCCGUAGGGCGAGCGACGCUGCAGGAAGUCGUGGGGCUCCGGCCCGACCUGGCCGUGGAGGCUGGGGCUCCCUAUGCCGAGCGGCUGGCUGCAGGGGAGCUGCGGCUGGGCAAGGAGGGGGCCGAGCGCUACCGCAUGGUGGUGGGGGGCGCCCAGGCCGAGGACGCGGGCACCUACCACUGCACGGCUGCCGAGUGGAUUCAGGAUCCCGACGGCAGCUGGGCCCAGAUCGCGGAGAAGAGAGCUGUCCUGGCCCACGUGGACGUGCAGACGCUGUCCAGCCAGCUGGCAGUGGCCGUGGGGCCCGGGGAACGGCGGAUCGGCCCCGGAGAGCCCUUGGAACUGCUGUGCAACGUGUCCGGGGCGCUGCCCCCGCCGGGCCGCCACGCUGCGUACUCUGUGGGCUGGGAGAUGGCCCCUGCCGGGGCCCCUGGGCCCGGCCGCCUGGUAGCCCAGCUGGACACAGAGGGUGUGGGCAGCCUGGGCCCCGGCUAUGAAGGCCGGCACAUCGCCAUGGAGAAGGUGGCGUCCAGAACCUACCGGCUCCGGCUGGAGGCUGCCAGGCCAGGUGACGCGGGCACCUACCGCUGCCUGGCCAAGGCUUACGUCCGAGGGUCUGGGGCUCGGCUUCGAGAAGCAGCCAGUGCCCGCUCCCGGCCACUCCCGGUGCACGUGCGGGAGGAAGGCGUGGUGCUGGAGGCCGUGGCCUGGCUGGCGGGAGGCACCGUGUACCGUGGGGAGACGGCCUCCUUGCUCUGCAACAUCUCUGUGCGCGGCGGCCCCCCGGGGCUGCGCCUGGCUGCCAGCUGGUGGGUGGAGCGACCCGAGGAAGGGGAGCUGAGCCCUGCACCUGCCCGGCUGGUGGGCGGCGUGGGCCAGGACGGCGUGGCAGAGCUGGGCGUCCGGCCUGGAGGAGGCCCGGUCAGCGUGGAGCUGGUGGGGCCCCGCAGCCACCGGCUGAGGCUGCACGGCCUGGGGCCCGAGGACGAAGGCGUGUACCACUGCGCCCCCAGCGCCUGGGUGCGGCAUGCCGACUACAGCUGGUACCAGGCCGGCAGCGCUCGCUCGGGGCCCGUCACGGUGUACCCCUACACGCACGCCCUGGACACCCUGUUUGUGCCCCUGCUGGUGGGCGCUGGGGUCGCCUUAGUCACGGGCGCCACUGUCCUUGGUACCAUCACCUGCUGCUUCAUGAAGAGGCUUCGAAAACGGUGACCCGUUGCUCCCCAGUUCUCGCAGGUGUGGACUGUCUUCCGGCCCAGCUCCAAGAGCACUUCUGGCUGCCUGGCUCCCCUCUCCCUCUGUCCCCCCUUCCUUUAAUUUAUUUGACCUCCCCACCCAGAGCGGGGGCCGUGGCCCCCAGCCCCCACUCCUCCCUUCCCGGCUCCCCGCUCUGGCCUUCUGUCGUUGAUCUCAUGCCCAUCCCACGGGGAGACCAUCCCCUGUCCUAGAAUUAGUUUUUCUAAAAUGUGAAUAAACUUGUUUUAUAGAA